AUGAAAAGAAGAAUCACAAAGCUUCUAAGCCUCUCAUUUUCAUCUCUACAAUCUCAAAUUCAAAAUCAUCACCAACCACUCUCAAAAUCACUACCACCAACUUCUUCUUUCUCAACAUUUUCCAACUCUGAAAGAGAUUCACUCAUUCUCCAACAGUUCAAACAAAGAAAACUCAAAGGGUCAUCAAAUUCAGUUUUAAAUUCAAGUUUUGAUGAUACUAAUGAUGAGAAAAUGAUUCAAAAUGGUUUGAAAAAUGGUACUAUGGUGGUUGGUGGCUUUAAGGAGUUGGGUAUGAGUGAUGAGCUGAUUGAGGUUAUGGAAGAGAUUGGAGAGUUUGUGCCAAGUGAGAUACAGUGUGUUGUUAUUCCAACUAUUUUGGAUGGGAAGAGUUUGUUGUUGAGUUCACCUUCUCAGCAUGAUAGGACUUUGGCUUACUUGUUGCUCUUAUUCAGGUUCAUGAAAUUCUCUUUUCUUACAUAA